ACCACUUCCACCUCUCACUUCUUUUGUUCAGUUUUCAGUUUACCCGUUUACUGCAGCAAGUUGUGUCUGUGUGGUAAAUUGUCAAUUCCAUACAUCAAAUAAUAACUUUUUUUAACAUGAUGAAUAUAUUUGCUAAUUUUAGUGACGUCAUCUCAUCGAUCACUCAUAUUUAUAUUUAACACAUACUGCUGUUGAGUAAAUGAAUUUAUCUGUUGGUUAACGAUGCCGAAGAGUAAUAAAAUAAAGAGAAAUAAAGCAGCCGCUCGUUCAAAGCUUGUUAAUAAAAAAAAGUCUACGACUUUACAAUCCGGAGUUAUGUCAGAGAACAGACGGGAGUCAGUUGAACCUGAUGAAAUACCUGAGACACCUAAUAAUGUGGAUAAAAAUUCAUCUACGAGCAAUGGCGGCUUUGUCGCAGAUGAGCAUGAGUUUAAUUACGAGGAUAAUGAAUUAGAGCAAUUACAUAUCAACAGAUUGUUUAAUCAUAUUUGUUACUCUGAAGAUGUUGUUUCCAUGCUGCCGAAUCGAUCAUGGGCUAUCCAUUGUACUGAGGAACCAUUAAAACGUAUUGUUGUCAGUGAAAUUUCUAUGGUUAAUUUACAUGGAAGAGGUUUUGAACCCUUUUAUAUUAAACAGAUCGUACUAGACGAAAAACUUAACUUCGAAUUAUUUUUAAUAAACGCAAAGACUGUGUUAAAAGACAAACCUUGUUCAAUAAGUAGUAUAUCUGAUUUUGAGUCAGUGCUGGACUACGUGAGCAGUUUAAAACUGUGCGGGGGUGGUCCAGAGGUAACGAAAUACAACAACGUAAGCCCUGAGUGCGCUUACAAAGAUCCUUACAACAAGUGGAGACACAACUUGUGCACACUCGAGGUCCACGACUGCGACGUGUGUGAGGCAUGUGUGUCUCUUGAGGAAAUCCUUAAACGUCAUUCCCAGCGAACAAAGUCGCCUCUGAAAUCUCGCAACCACGUCGUCGUGGCCAAGAGGAAAAAAAUUUAAUUACCGUAAUUUGAAUGUUGCGUAUAGUGAUUUGUUAAAAUAAAAAUCUAUUUUAUAUUUCAGAUUAAUAUAUUAGAAUAGUCUUCGCUGAUAAAUGUUCAAAGAUUUGAUCUUUGGAUUAAUAUUUUCAUGAGUUCAGACAAAAAAUCAUAAUAUUGAAGUUAAUCGACAUCUUAUAGUUUUUGGAUUUUUUUCAAAAGAUAAAUUGUAAAAAAAAAAAUAUUUAAAAAAAUUGCACCUAUAGUUUUUUUA